GGCGUGGCCCACUUUGCACGCUGGGCUGAAGCCUGAAGCGGAGAGUUUCUUGUGUUCCCCUACUCAGCCGUGCCGCCGCCGCCGCCGCCGGAGUGUGUCAUCGCCGAUUCGCCUGGUAUGGCGGCGCCGCCCGGCGGAGCGGGGAUAGUGUGGCAGACGCCGGCCAACCCGCCAGAGUCGCACGACUACAUCAUCCGCAACGGUCGGCGCUACGUGAGGCCUUACUACUUCGAGUUCAUCUCCCAUGUGAAGAACAGAUGGGCUGGAAAGACCAUUGUUGACCUCUUCACUGAUGAGUUCAAAGGGCGCUCCCGCGAUUACUAUGUUCAUGCAGUGAAGUGUGGGAGGCUUCAGGUUGAUGGGCAAACGGUUCACACAGACUAUAUUGUGAAAUCAUCACAGAAGAUAAGCCACUUCUUGCACAGGCACGAGCCACCUGUCUUGGCAGGUGAUAUUUCAAUACUUCAGAAUGAAGUUGAUGUCGUAACUAUUUGCAAACCAGCUUCCGUUCCAGUUCAUCCAUGUGGCCAAUACCGCAAGAAUACUGUAGUCGGGAUUCUGCAGGCUGAGCAUGGGUUAACACCCCUAUUUCCGGUGCAUCGGUUAGAUCGUUUGGUUUCAGGCCUCCUUAUAUUUGCAAAAAAUGCCGACAGAGCUGAAUGUUUCAGGCAACAGAUUGAAGCUGGUCUGCUGCAAAAAGAAUAUGUGGCCAAGGUUGUUGGGGUUUUUCCUGAUGGUGAGCAAACUGUCGAUGCCAAUGUGAAUUUCAAUGCACGGGAAGGAAGGAGUACUGUGGAGAUUAGUGGUGCUGCUGGUGAAGAACCAAAUGGAAAACAAGCACUCACCAGGUUUCAAAGGAUUUGCACUGAUGGGACACACAGUAUUGUCUUGUGCAAACCUGUGACUGGUCGAACUCACCAGAUAAGGGUGCAUCUAAAGCACGCUGGUUAUCCAAUAGCUAAUGAUGAGCUGUACCUAUCAGGGAACUUCUGUCCACGAUCAACAAAAGGAACAAGUGCCAGUAAAGAAAUUGCACCAUCAGAUCCAGACAAUAGUGCUGUUGAUCAUGGCAGCAAAGAUGCAGAAACAGAUGUGGAGUUUGAUAUCGACCCGAUGUGCACAAACUGUCCAAAUCUUGCUCCAGUAGGUUAUGAUGGAGAUGAGGAAGGACUAUGGUUGCAUUGUGCGCGGUACACUGGUCCUGAUUGGAGCUACGAAUGCCCUUAUCCUGACUGGGCGUUCCUUGGUAGCGUGUCAACAAAGAAGAUGAAGUCAUGAUGUAGUUCAUGGUGAACUGUAAGCCCAUCAAACUGAACAAGCAAAUAGUUUUGGCGUGCCCUAUGAUUGGGGAUCCGAGGUUUUCAUUUAAAAUCAAACACACCAUGUCCGGUUUUCCUCCCCGGCUUCUCAUUCAGCCAAUCCACGGUUCCACUAAUUAAAAUUCAAUAUACAUUAGCGCAUCCCGCCUUUGAUUGGUUC